AUGCCUCGACCUGCUCAGAACCCCCGUGGGAGCAGCGUGAGCCGUGCUGGAAGCAGGGUCACCUCUGGUUCCAUGCAGAAUUCCCCCUUCAAAUCACCCGUCAAGAUCCCCCUCAACGACGAUGCCGAGGAGAAGGCGCGCCGGGCCCACUCGCGCCAGGCACUCCAGGAGGCCCAAGUCAACAAACUGAAGGCCGCUGCCACCACCCCGCUGCGCAAGGCAAGUGUCAACUUGAAUGACCUCGAGAACGAGACGCCCGGCUCGCCUCCCCAACGACAAAAGACACCACGCGCCAGGCAGCGGGGCACUCCAGGCGCCAGCGCCAGUGCCGGUGCGGCUGCCGGUGUAGAUGACGACGAUGUCGUGGUCUCCGGCUCGGCGGUGACGCCUAUGAAGCGUUUACCAAUAUUGGCCAACUUUGAGGAAUGGAUGAAGAUGGCCACCGACAACAAGAUCAACGCCACAAACUCGUGGAACUUCGCAUUGAUUGACUACUUCCACGACAUGUCACUGCUGAAGGAGGGCGACGGCGUCAACUUCCAAAAGGCCAGUUGCACAUUAGACGGCUGCGUCAAGAUUUACACCAGCAGAGUCGACAGCGUUGCUACCGAGACCGGUAAGCUUCUCAGUGGCCUGGCCGACAGUAGGGACAGCAAGAAGAAGAAGGACGAUGGCGAGGACGGCGAGGGCGAUGAGACCGACGAAGAGGAACUGGAUGAAGAUGGCAAUGUCCGCAAGAAGCCGAAGCGCAAGACUCAGCGAUCGUCUGAGGCAACACUGGCGCCAUCAUUUGCUUCUUUGCAGCUCAAGAAGUUCGAACUGGAGUUUGCAGUCGAUCCCUUGUUCAAAAAGGCCUCGGCGGACUUCGACGAAGGUGGAGCAAAGGGCCUGCUGCUAAAUCAUCUGAUGAUUGACUCCAAGGGCCGAAUCGUCUUCGACAGCAGUGAUGACUCGGCGGACUCUUCUGAGACCAAGAAGAAGCGAAAGAGACAGGGUGAGGACGAAGAAGAUAUCGACGAUGACGAAGACGAAGACGACGAGGACGAGGAGGAGUCGGCGGAUGCCACCAUGAAGACAGUCGAACAACAGGAGGAAGACGAAGAUAUCGAGAUCGAUCUGGCCCCUCUUGCGGCACGAUUCUUCCCUGAUAUAUCCCGCCUGGAUCAGAUGGAUGUCUGUCCUUCGCUCAAGACGUUCGAGAUUGGAGACCCAUCCGGGUCGCUGGAUAUUCCCUUCUUGAAAGCUCCUGAUGACUGGCGUGAAGAGCAGGAGAGGGGCGCUGACGAGGCUGGGUAUGGCAACAAGACCGGCAUGGACCUCGAUGACAACGGCCUCGGAUUUGACGAUGACGAAGGCCUUGGUAAUUUUUCCAUGGGAGGAGAUGUCGCCUUUGGCGAAGGGGGUGAGGCCUGGGCGAAGGAAGCCGCGCUGGAACCGCAAAUGCGUGUCUUUGAUGCCGGGCUUGGCGACGACGGUGGGGAAGAGGGCGAUGGAGAUGACAUGAUGGACAAUGACGGGAAUGACGACUUCAAUGUCUCCUUGAUGCAUCCGCAGAAACCAGACAGGAUGCACGAAGACAUUCUGGCAUACUUCGACCAAGCACUGCAGAAGAACUGGGCAAGUGCUGAGCACUGGCGAAUAAGGAAGAUCAAGGAUGUCAACAAGCCUGUGCAAACGAAGCAGCGCAAAGAGAAGGAGCCGUUUGAGAUCGACUUUAUGUCUCCUCUCGAUGCUUCUCUUGCCGACACUCUCUACACACAAGCGUCAUCCAACGCCACAAUAUCAUUACCAAAGAAGGACUGGAAGUCCAAGACCAGGAACCUCCUCCCUGACGACAAGCAUUUCAACUCGAAACAACUCCUCAGCCUCUUCCUCAAGCCCAAAGCCCGUAUGGGUCGCCGGCGGAACUUUGGCCGGCGGCAUGGGGGAUUCGGCAACGCGGACGCCAAUGCGAACGUGCCUGAAGGCGAGAUGGACGAGGCAUUCUGGGCGCGACAGAAAGCGCCUAUGCAGAGCAUCGAGGACGGUGAUCAAGAUAUGGGGCUUCCACAAGGCGACUACGACGCGAAUUUCUUCCAGGACGACGGACUGCCCUUUGCCGGCGGCCUCGAUGACGACGAUGAUAUUGACGAGUUUGCCGACGCGCGUGAGCAAUUCUCGCCCGAGAGGGCCAUGGAGACCAUCGGUGCUACGGGCGCUUUCAAUGGUCUCACGGUUACUAACCCUGCGGACCUGGCGUUUGGUACUAUGCUGGUGACCCAGAACAGGCGGGUGCGGCCCGAGUACGUCAACUACGCACGGGUGGCAAAGAAGGUGGAUGUGAGGAGGCUAAAGGAGGAGCUUUGGAAGGGAAUGGACAUGGAGAAGCUUGACUCGGUACCUCCGCCGUCUGCACCAGAGGAGGGCAGCGUGGAGCCUCCGCCACCCUCGGCUGAGAACCCUACGCUAAAGUUCACCGAGGUCAUGAACGGCCUGCAAAAGGUCUAUUCCAAGCCAGUGAUGGAUGAUAUCUCGACCAGUUUCUGUUUUAUCUGCCUCUUGCACCUGGCCAACGAGAAGGGCCUGGUCAUCGAGAAGACUGAUGAGCUGACGGAGCUGGAGAUCCGGAAAGACUGGACCGCGCAGGUUGUUGAGGGCGAUAUCUGA